AUGGCAGCUCUUACCCACUCGCAAGACGUGUUCUACAACUUGGACGACAUGUCUGUAAUUCUACACAUACACACAUACGAUGAAACGCUACUUCAAUUACUCGCUAUCGGGCCCACAGACUCGCAGCAGAUUUCGAAACCGAUCGACUCGACGUAUACAGGUCAGCAGCUGAGUCCGGAACAGUGUGUAUACCAUACUUCUGGCUCAGACAAGACCAGCCUGGAGGAAGCUCAUGCAUGCACUAUUCCGAGCCCCGCACAGCAUAUAGCCCAGCCACCAACAUUCUUCCUCGAGACGUUCCUGAACCGAUACGGGAAGACACAGAUGCCAACCUAUCCAAACACGGCCCACCCUCCUCUACCGUCACAGAUCCCAAACUGCAAGUCCGCCGCCAAUACACAAAGAGAAUCUGUGACGACGAGUGCAGCGCGGUCUGUACGACAGCCUACAACACAUGGCAAUGAAUCUGCCAAUACUCUCUUAGGCAGUUCUCGAUCUGAAAAUCCUGGCGACUCUAUCCAAAGUGCAGCAUGCGUGUCAGCAAUUGCCGGUUCCUCGUCACCAGAGGGCGCUACAAAUCACCCGGGACAGGAUCAAGAUGAUCAGCAGUCAAGCCCUCGCUCAGGCAUCGUCCACGUUACCGCCAAGACAUUCGAGCGUUUUCCAUUGUCAGCGUACCUACGUCCAUAUCGUCGUCCAAUCCCCGUCGAAAAGACCCCGGAUGAUGGAAUUCCUUUGACCAUAUUGGAUGAACCAGAGCAGAUAUUUCCUAUCCGCGACGAACACUGGCAUUCCACUGCCGUCAUCAAGAGAUCGUUCGCGUCUUAUUGGGCCGACAUGAAGGAAUCGAAAACUGAGAAGCCGGACGGCCUAAAGGAUCCUGCCUCGAAUGACGCAUCACUUCGAAAGCCUGAGCUUCGAAGAUGGUGGACACCGGAAAAGUCACUUGCGGAAAGUUUGAAAGAAGAAUUUGCAAAGUAUCGAAUCCGAAAUUACCAUGUCGCGCCUUUGCCAAGUCAGAAAUACACAAGGUCCAAACAGAACUUUUUAAUCUGGGCAGCUCGGCCUGAGCAAGACAAGAAAUUGGUGGAGGAAUAUCGUGCUUUUUUGGCUUUAUUGAACGACGAUAUACAACCAACCACGACUGGUACUCUUCGAGGAGGCGCUGGGACACCUGAGCCUUCGAGCGGUGGACCGCUCGGAGAAGACGACGAGUUCGAACACGACAUGCCAGCAGGUGAUGACUUCUACGACUCCACUGAGGUCUCUGCCGAAGACCAACCUUUACCUGGAUCCCCAGGUUCUGUAUCGUCUGGGUAUUCUUCUUCUUCCGACAUAUCGGCCGCUGCAUCUGAGCACUUCCACGAACAGAACAAUCUACAACAAACUUGGGAGGAUGCAGCCGCGGCGGCUGGACCAGCAGAGCACCCAUCCAGCGCGGGCUCCUUAGAGAGUCCUUGGCAUGAUAGUGACUAUUUUUCCCAUAGUCCAUUUCAAUUCGAAACCACGCCGCUCACCGGGUCCCGCGAUCCCUCCAGAUCACACAGUAUGGACAUCGAGCCCUACACAGGACCACCCAACGACAGCACAAGCUCAGUCCAGUAUACUCCGUAUGAAGGCCCAAGCGAACGUCAGCCUCUAAUCCAACGCCAUGUUCCAGGCGGGGUUCCGCCUGCUGGAUACACGUACGAUAGCACGGAAGAGGAUCCACUCGUGGCACCUCAACCCCCCGUGGCAUCUCAGUCCCCGGUGGAACCUCAACAACCCGCAUGGCGACAUCGACGGAACAGAGUGGCUCAGGUCAUCAGACAGUAUCGCCUUCGUGCAGGCUUCCGUGCACGGUUCACGCGGUUUGGCAGGAGCCUGCUCGUUAUGGGUUCAAAAGAGGGGAAGGAACUACGCAAGAAAGAUAAAUGAUGGGCCGGGGUUAUAGGCAUUUGUAUCGGCAGGUUAUUCUUUAGUGCUAUUGGGUAUGCAUGCAGAUAGCUGGUCACAUUGACCAAUCAAUACACUUCAUCGUGUAUAGCUACUUUCGUGCGAGUGUUAGAUGCGCAUAUAUUUACC